GUUGCUGUCGGGAAAAAACACAGUGUUAUAUAAAAAGCAAAUUAAGUGGCAUAAACUGCGAUUGUGGAGACUCUGGGUAUACAGGUGCGUGUUGCGAAACAGAUAUAAAUGACUGUUACAACAAUUCCUGUCUUAAUGACGGUACAUGUAUUGACGGAGUCAACAAUUAUACCUGUAUAUGCCCAGAAGGUUUCUCUGGAAGGAAUUGUGAAACAGAUAUAAAUGACUGUUACAACAAUUCCUGUCUUAAUGACGGUACAUGUAUUGACGGAGUCAACAAUUAUACCUGUAUAUGCCCAGAAGGAUUCUCUGGAAGGAAUUGUGAAACAGCCUUAAUACCACCACCAACAUGCAUGGCAAACAAUGACUGUUUUAAGACAGCUUCAGGGUGUGAACAACCUGGAACUGGCUGUUACAUAGAGGAACAAGCUCAAGAUGAAGUUAUCUCGAAUACAUGGUCAAGAGGGUAUUCGUUAAUAUCCUCUCCUUAUUACACAGUUGAAAGGUGUCGAAAUAGAUGCUUAACCUUUAAUCCUUGUGUUGCAUAUUCUUAUAACCAAACAGCAAGAGAGUGCUACUCAUAUCGCACUUCACCUGCAGAUGGGUUGGUUACACAAUAUUCAAAUACUACGGACCUAUACGUACUGAGGUGCCUAAGCUGUUAGAAUGCUGCGGAAGAUUAUUGACUCUGAAAAUGGACUUUGUAUUGCUAUUACUUUUAUCUAAUGAAACAUGCUUGGAGCCAACGUUUAAAAAUAAAUGUAUGGACAGUUUGUACAUGAAUUAAAAGAAUUGCAAAACAAAACUGAUGAAUAAACUUAUCCAGUAGCAUUCACAAAA